AUGUCCGCGGUGGACACGCAACUACACAGCCCCAUCGAGGGUUGUGAUGUUGUGAAUGGAGCUGGAAAUCAAACGGCCACCAUACUGCAGCUGGCAAUUGCUGCACUUCGCAUCACCAAAACAGCCGGAACCGAUGGGAACAAUAACGCGAACCAUCCGCCACGGCUAAGGAAACAAAUCACACUGGACGAGGUGGCAUAUCACGAUUCCUACGAUGAUUGCUGGAUCGUGUUGUACGAUCGAGUGUACGAUAUCACGAAUUUUCUCAAAUUGCACCCUGGUGGACAUGACGUACUGGUGGAGAACGGAGGCCGAGAUGCGACGAUAGCGUUCCUAAAUGCGGGUCACUCCAGCAUGGCACUAAAGUCCUUAAAGCUGUACGAAAUUGGCGAACUUCCGUUCAGCGAGUGCAUCUACCGGUGUCCAGGGAAGCUGACGCUAGCACACCUGCCCGAUUAGUGUACCACAGACUGCAUCGAUCGGUUGUCCUCACCACCAAAUCGCCCUCUCUAACUAGCAACUCCAAUCCAUUUCACCACGCCCAAGCUGAUCUACUGUUAUUUAUUCCAUUUUCGCUUCCCUCUCGUUAAUGAUGGUAACAGAGCUUUAAGUUAGUCUUAUAAAUGUGACAGUAUUUGACCACAUUGAGGGAUCGAAAAUUCUACGUCAUGUUCUGAAAGGCAUCCAGAGACGUGCCCACCGGAGGGUAUCGCCACAAAUUUGCCAACCCAAUGAUACCUCUCGAAUCUUCCCGUCUCUUUCGUUGAAUUGCUUCCGUGCGAGCGAUAACAGCAAUAAAUUUGGACAUGCCUUUUAACCUUAUUCGCGCGAAUGUUUAACAUUAUUUGCUCGCCUUGAAAGAAAGAUCGACGAAAGGUGCGACGAAUGAUUACGCAGGUCAGCG